AUGUUUUUAUUGUUGGUUUUCUUCAUAUGUUUCAUAUUGAUAGUCGCUCCGUUCAUUUUUAUUCGUUUAAUAUCAUCGAAAAGCAAUGAAGAAAAUGGAAAUUAUCUUUUAGUUAUUGCACAUCCCGAUGACGAAUGUUUGUUUUUCUCACCUAUUUUACUAUCACUACAUUCAAAUAAAUAUGUAUUAUGUCUUUCAAAUGGCUAUAAUCACCGAUUAGACGAGCUACGUCGUUCAUGUAUGCAGCUUGGUGUUAAAGAUUUUAAAAUAAUUGAUGAUCAAAUUAAUUUAAAAGAUGAUCAAUCAGUGUUGUGGUCAUCCGAUACAAUAUUAGGUCAUGUUAAACAAUCGAUUCGUCAAUGGAAUAUUUCAACAAUAAUCUCAUUCGAUUAUUAUGGCGUUAGUGGCCAUAAAAAUCAUUCAUCGAUUUACUAUGCUUUAUUAAAUUUACCUCACAUGAAUCAAAUACAUUUUCUUUCGCUGCAAUCAACACCAAUCUAUCGAAAAUAUUUAACUUUGAUUGAACUAUUUAGAAUUUAUCUAAAAAAAGAAUCAAGAUCUAGGAGAACAUUUGUUUUACCAGUAAAAUAUAGUUUAACACCACAUAAAGCUAUGCUUGAACAUCGUUCUCAACUUAUUUGGUUUCGUUAUUUAUAUUUACUUUUUUCUCAUUACAUUUGGAUUAAUGAUUUUGUAUUAGUUUAUUGA